AUGAAUCAGUUGUCAUCCCCAACCGAAACCGCUUCUUUCUUCCGAUCAAAGAUCGAGGAAUCACUCCAGAAAACGUCAGCUACGUUAAAUCAAUGGAGAACAUAUUUAAAUGAUUACGAAAACUUACAGAAAACUCUUAAGACACUAGAUGAUGAAACCGAAUACAAAGCAAUGGUUCCGAUAGGCAAAAUGGCAUUUAUGCCAGGGAAAAUUGUUCACACGAACGAAAUAUUAGUGUUACUUGGGGAUAAUUGGUUUGCAGAACGUUCUGCUAAACAAGCCAUUGAGAUAAUUGGGCGUAGAUUGGAAUUGGUAAAGAAAACAAUAGGUGAUUUAGAAGUUCAGCUUCAGGACCAGUUAACGAAAAUCGGACUGGCUUCUGAAGUCUUGGAAGGCAAUGUCAAUAGCACCAAGUUGAACGAAGAAGGCUUGCCGUUUGUUGAAAUUGUCGAAGAAUAUAAUGAUGAAGAAAAGACAGAGCAAACUAAAGCCAAAACUAAUGCUAGUCGCCAACCAACGCAAACACCAAGUCUAUCGGCGGCGGAUCAUCCAUCACUCAAAAUCUUUGACGCUUUUUUGAAAGAGGAAGAAGAAGAAUUAAGACGAGCGCGAGAACAAUUAGAUGAAGACACCGAAACAGAAGAUACCGGCGAUUCAGACGAUGAUGAGAACUAUGUAGAACAAGACAUAUUUGAGUCUUCAGAUGAUGAUAGUUCUCAAGUAACGAGAACAGAUCCAGUGAACACCUUGGUGGACGACAGGUCCCAAAUAAGGAGAAAUGACCCAGUCAGUGCCGUAGUGGUCGAGAGAGAUACGAAUACUAACGUUAAUAUGGAUGAACUUGAAAGUGAGAUCUGGGCCCGAGAGAUUGCCGCUGAAUACAACGAAAAACGUCAAUCUAUGAUAGCUCAAUACGGCGGAUUUAAUACCCCUGUUGAGGAAAAAGAGGUUUCCAAGGCGGAUGACAAGCCUCGCAAGAAGAUUUCUAGAUUUAAAGCCGCAAGAUUGCAAG